UUAUUUGGGCCAUUCUUUUGCCCUAAAUCGCAGAAGCCACCACUCGUCCACUCCACUCCCAGGCGACCAACGAGCAGCAACCAGCGACCAGGCUACCAGCGAGGAACUCAGGCGAGGCGACUGCGACCAUCGAUCUGCUGUCAUCUCCUCCCUUUUCCUGCUUCUAUCAGAUCAGACUAACAUUAAGCUUUGAGUGAAACGCUGUGGGGCUCUCUCUCUUCUUCAAAUUUCUGCCAGGUGGUGUUGUGAAAGAUGAUGCGAAUAACUGAAAUUAGGAGAUUGAAGCCUCUGAGUUGGUCUAUGGAGUGCUUAAGCCACCAAUUUCUUCAACGCUGCUCUGUCAGUGGGACAGCAAAAGGUAAAGGCAAAAUCAAAACAGGGCAGCCAUUGAAGCGAUCGAAGGUCACUACGAAGAAAUCCACAGGAACAGAGACCAGUACUAAAGGUGAAAAUCAAAGGGAAACUGAAGGAGAGAAGAUGGAAAAGGCCUGCUUGACUGCAACAGCACCGGUCAGAUUCUUGAAGCCUAAGGAGAGAGAAAGGGAAGCUAAGAGAGAGAAGAUGGGUCUCAUUAGUGAAGCCCGCCAAAAGGAGAAGGAAAAUUUUAAGAAGAAAGUGAAAUCACAGUUUGAUUCACCGAUGAUCAUUGGAACUCCAGGUUUAGAUUUGAUCACAUUAGGUUUGGUUGAUGCUGAUAUGAUUCCGAAAUAUGAAUUGACUGUUGAAGAUGGUCGGAGGCUUGCGAAGGAGUAUAGUAGGGUUUUGAUUAGAAAGCACCGGGUAAGACAGAAAGCAGAGACUACUUUGUUGACGUUGAAGAAAGAGGCAAUUGAGGCACUGCCUGAGCAUUUGAAAGCAGCAGCAUUGGUUCCAGAUUUGGCUCCAUUCCCAGCAAAUCGGUUCAUGGCAACUUUGACGCCACCAAUUGAAGGUUACAUUGAGAAGAUUAAGGAGGCGGCGAAGAAGAGCGCUGUCAAGGAGAAGCUCAGAUGAUCAGAGAUGAAAAUUUUCCAAGGCAAGAGCGUGAAAGGUUCGACUAAUGGUGGUUGCUGAGUACUGAAGCAAUAUUUAUGUUCCGAAGACAAAUGAUGAGGAGCGGCUGCUGGAUAAGAAUAACGAAAUCUGGAAGAAUUAUAGGCCUGUUGCUGAUUAAUUUGUUAGUUCAGGCAGAUAUUUAACUGUUACUAGUUUAUGUACUAUUUUGGUACAUUAGGGUUUUUGGUGAAUUAGUUUACUGUCUGAUGAAAUCAAAUAUGCCUAUUUGGUUUACCAUAAAUGUUUGGUAAAAAUGAACUUUUAUCAGAUAGUAUGAUCGAAUAAUUACUCACUGAGCUGGAGUUUAUAAACUGCAGCUUAUGUUGGCUGCUGUAAAAUUAAAAAUUGCUUACAUAUGCUGGAAUGUAUCACUGAG